UAGUUUUUAGACAUUUUCUUUUUUCUUGAAACUUCAUACUAAAUGGAUUAGAUUAAGUACAACCCAGAAACUAAACUAUUGCUAAGAGAGCACAAUAUAAGAUGGAAAUUGGUAAAUAUGAGUUUGGUUUUGGUAUAUUGAAUAAUUUAGUUCAUUUUGAAUCUUUAAAUCAACAAGUAAUCGAACCUCAACCAAUGGAAGACUUAGUGGAGGAAAUUACAGUUGACAUGAGUAAAAUCAAGCUCAGUACAAGGAAAUAUAAAAAAGUAUGGAGCAGACCAGAUAGAAAGAUUCAUCAAGAUGCUCCAAGAAGAGGGGUCAUCUGUCCCUAAAGCGGCUGCGGUAUGCGACAUACCUCGUUCAAGUGCUUAUAGACUUUUGGACGAGUUUAAUACUGGUGAUGGGCAUGUACUUGUAGGCACAACAGUCAAACCAAAAACUAUCAAACCUAAAAAACUUUUCCAGGAACAUACCGAAUUCUUGAUCGCUCUUUUUGAUAAAAAUCCAUCGAUUGUUCUUGAAGAAGCCAAAUCGCAGUUAUUAAGCAACUUUCCAGAAAUAGAUGAAGCCGGUUUUCAUUCACAAAUGAUGAGAAGCAGAGCUUGGUUGAGAGCUGAUGAACCAGUGAAAGUAAAGGUUCAUAAUCAAAAAGGUGUGAGUAUCAGCAUCAUUGGUUGCAUAACUGCAAGAGAAAUCCUUAGUUUUUCUAAAGCUGAACCCUUAAAGAAACAUAAAGCUCCACAGCUUGAAAAAGAGUAUCAUCCGGAUGAGCGUGAUUCAAAGAAGAGGAAAGCAGAUACAUCAAACCAAAAGCCUAAACUUCUCAAAAAGGGUAUAACUGCGUAUCAUAUUGUGAAAUUCAUGGAAUCAAUUAUGGAUAGUGCUGGUCCAAAAUCAAGAAAAAAUAUCAGACGAAAGCCGCUCGAAAAAGGAGAUGAGCUAACCCUCCUCCCCACAUUGCCAAAGCACGUAAAACUGUUACUACGCAGGAUUGUCAGGGUUAGCGUCCCAAACUCAACCGAAAAUACUAUAAGAGAUGACAAGACAGGUGCUUCUUUAACUCCAGAUGAAAGUCGAUUAAAAUGGAUUAGGAUAUUCUCAAAAGUUAUUUCUGUAACGCAAAAUAAGACUAAUGUAAUGACCAUUGCCUUCAAUGUAUGUCAGUAUCUCAAAAAGAGGGAAGUUCGGCAAAGUUAUAUCACAAUUUACAAUGAUCAAAAACUGAAGUUUGAGCUUGAAAAAGAAAACGAUCAAUUAUUUGAAAUAGAAAUUCUAUUUGUUCGCAAAGAUAAGCGUAAUUAA